CGUCGCCUCCCCAGUGGUCGCGCCCGGCUCCAGCUGACCGGCCUGGAAUCCCGGCCGGGAGCCUCGCGCCCCCCUGCCCGCCGCCGCCCCGCGCCCCGGCCCCGCCAUGGGAGACGCCGGCAGCGAGCGCAGCAAGGCGCCCAGUCUGCCGCCGCGCUGCCCCUGCGGCUUCUGGGGGUCCAGCAAGACUAUGAAUCUCUGUUCCAAAUGCUUUGCUGAAAAAAGAAAUCCACACAACGAAAAAGAUUUCCAGAAGAAGCAGCCAGAUGAUGACUCUACUCCCAGCACAAGCAACAGCCAGUCAGAUUUGUUCUCUGGAGAAACGAACAGUGACAACAGCAAUACCUCUCUAACCACGCAGGCCGCUAACUCCAACCAGCAACUUUUGACAGAACUGAAUGUAACUUCACCGAGCAAAGAGGAAUGUGGGCCAUGCACAGGUACAGCUCAUGCCUCAUUAACCACACCAACCAAAAGAUCUUGCGACUCAGAUUCACAGUCGGAGAGUGAGGCUUCUCCUGUGAAACGGCCACGGCUACUGGAUGACAGUAAUGACAGGCCUGAAGAAACCAGUCGAUCCAAACAGAAGAGUAGACGCCGAUGCUUCCAGUGCCAAACAAAACUGGAGCUAGUACAGCAGGAACUGGGAUCAUGUCGCUGUGGUUAUGUGUUCUGUAUGUUACAUCGCCUGCCUGAACAACAUGACUGCACAUUUGACCACAUGGGGCGUGGGCGUGAGGAAGCCAUCAUGAAAAUGGUGAAACUGGAUCGGAAAGUAGGGAGAUCUUGCCAACGCAUCGGCGAAGGAUGUUCCUGAGUGCAAGACUGCAACCAAAUGCUGUUCUCUUAGUUCACUAAUGUUAGCCUUAUUUAGGACAAAGUCAGCCAGACACCUUGUACUAGGCAAGUUUCAGACUACAGCCAAUCAGUUUCCUUUCUUUAGCCAACCGUCCUGGUACUGUAGUUUAGGGGUUGAUGGUGGUUGAAAUUGAUUUCUGGCUGGUUACUAAGGUGCCUGCUAGCCACCGUAUAAAAAUAAAACAUGAAGAAAUAUUAUUUUUGAGCAUGGCUAGUGGAUUUAAACAAAACAAGAAAAAUCCAAAGGCUUCUGUUAUUGCUGGAGUCACUCUAAAAGCCUUAUGCUGGAAACAUUCCAGCUGCAGAGUUAAAACAAAUAGUUGUAUAGAAGCUGGUGUAAAAGUUUGCUAUGCACAUGGCUUUCGGACAAACUGUUUAAUGUGCAGCCUUUCACCUCUUCACUGCUAGUGAAUCCUGAGGAGGUGAAAUACUACUAAGAGCAGCAACUGCAGCUGCUUGAGCCCAGAAGACCUGACUGGUCACUCGUGCCUUCAUUGCGUGUGGCUUUUGAGUUAGGCAGUGUCACCAGCAUCAGGGAUUCUGUUGGGAUAUGAACACCUUUCUGGUUCUUCCCAGGAAGCCAAAAAGAAAGGGGGACAGAGAUUCUUAUGAAAAAUUUUUAUAUCUAUCUUACUAUAAAGAACCUAUCAGGGUUUAUUUUUUUUGUUUUUUUGUUUUUUUGUCUUUCUUCUCAGUUAAAUUAUGACCUCACUUUAAAGCCAACUCCAUCCCAGAGCAGUAAAUGGUGCAUACUUUUUACAUGGCAUCCACAUAGAUUCUACAAGUUGUGUGAACAGAUUCCACAUGCCUUGAGCAGUGCAGCCAUUCCCACCGGCCGAAACCUGAUUGGCUCUUGUUUGCCUUUUGCUAAGUGCAGGUAUCUGAUAAUUGAUCAAAUAAGGCUAAUUCACAGCACAGUAGCCAUGGCUGGAUUCUACAGACUGACUUUCUGUAGCUAGACUUAUAUAUUGGGGAAAAAAAAAGGACAUUUUGUAGCAAACGGAAUUCAGUAACAGUAUUGGGGAACAACCAGUAAAACACCCUUUAUCGGAUUGAGUUUGUGUUCCUCACUUCCUGACUGUCAAUGAGAUAAUCAAACGGGCUACACCAGCCCUCUUUCUAUGCAGCUGAACGCUCUCAUGAAAAUCUCUGCCCACAUCUAUUGCAAAGCAAGUAUAGCAAGUCAAUGUGAAAAGCAUUUACAUGGAGUAGAAUGUUUUGGAUCUGUUUAGACCUAUGGUUCUGUAUUACGGUAUGUCACGUUGAGCUGAGCUGAACUGAAUUGCACCCGUCUUGUCAGUUCGGAAACACAAAAAGCAAACGUAAUAAUUGGCACGUCUCCUGCUGCACACAGGGUUUAUGCAGGUAAAAAGGACUUGUACUAAUGUGUCCCAGCUUAAUCCUGAGUGAAUUUAGCUUCUCAGUGUAUUAGUAAGGUAUUAACAAUGAAAUUUGUAAGAAGACUUGAAGGAGAGAAAGAUUUUUGUCUCGUCUUCAAAUACUGGGCAGAUAUAAAACAUCAGAGGGGUGAAGUAACGUGUCACUUGAAAAACCCCAGCGUUUUGGGAGUAAGCUUGUAUGAGUCAUCUUUCAUUCUACUUGUUACAGGUAACUAACUCCUUAUAGGCCAAAUUAUAUUGUUACUUCGGUAGCCAGCUAGGAGCAUUUAACAAGGAGACAACUAAUUUAAAAAAAAAAAAAUAUAUACAUAUAUGCCUUUCCACAGACACACACUCAGCAUCUGUCUGUAUUAGCGUUAAUUAACCAUGAAGCAAAUCAGGAGUGUCCCAUCUUUAUAAAAUGCAAGCUGUCCAAAAGGGAAGCAGUUGGUUUUUGGUUUUGUUUGUUUUUUUUUUUUUUUCUUUUUCUUUUAUUAUUGUAAUAAUUCAAGAAUAUGAAACCAGCAGCAUAAUCUUCUGUAAUGUGCUGCAUUUUCAGGAAAUGGUCCUGGUGAGAGGGACUGGCCAAGGGUAUUAUUUACAUUUGCCGUGAGGAGUUUCAAAACAACAUGGAUUUUGGCGGCUGCUGUGAUACGCACUUUCUUUUCCUACAAAACCCUAUCAUAGCAUUCGAUGGGCAUUCUGAUUGAUAAACAAGACUUUUCUGCAUUAAUACUGAAGAUGCUAUUUUGUUCCUCCUUAAUACUCUCUUUAAUCUCGUUACAAGUGCACAGAUGGUUUCAAGGUGGCUCUUGAGAGAACACUACUUAAAGUUCAUGUGAAUUAUGGACAAUGUUCACUUUAAACAAAAAGUUGGGGAGGGGGUUGUUCCUUUGCAGUAUCUGUUCUGUGAAGUUUGUUAAACGUAAAGAAAGCUUAAGUUCUUGUAUCUUAAAAGAAGAUCUUAUUUAACCCUUUUGUGUUCUAGAUUUACUUACACAUGUAGCCUAGAGCUCAGUUUUAGUUUAACAUUGUGAAAAUAUUAAAAGAAUCUUGUAACUUUAUUCUUUUUCCUCCUGCUAAAAAAAAAAUUAAACCAAUCAGAUUAAAGUUUGAAUUCCUUUCUGCCUAUUCCAACAGGUCUUGCUAUUUUGCACCAUUUCUGCUGCAGGUUCAUAUAAGAAAUAUGAUUGGGGAAAAUGCCAACGCUAGGUCAGUAACUUGAAGCUGAAUUUUCAGCUGGUGGAAGGCAGACAGUAUUUUCUGCCAGUUUGGAAGGGAAGGAUAAUAUGAAAGAUAAUAUUUCUGGGUUCAAGUUUAGUGAUUUAUUUUGUAAGCAAAUCUGGCUAAAACUACGGUAGCCGGUUUGGUCAAUUUAAUUUUGAGGUUAGAUACAGAAAUAAAAGGGACAGGUUGAUCACAGUCUUUAAGUCAAAAGCAUACUGUACACUACAUCAUUGGCAUCAAAGUUUUAAAAUGUCUUAAGUGUUCUUUCAUGCAUUUUGACAACUACUGCAGCUAGAGUAGCCAUAUUCCAAAUUGUAAUGGGCUGUAUUCGUAAUGGAUAAGUAGAGGAAUAACUACUGUUUUUUAAUAAUCUAGAUGCUAGAAACACAAGGUUAAUUAAAAAACAAUUGGCUGUAUUAGAAGGAGAGAGAAUAUCAAGGUAAUUAUUCAAAAACAAUUAUGAAAAUUGUUUGGAAUUGAAAUUGUGCCUGAUUCAUGGGAUACAUACACCCAUUUUUUUCCUCAAAUUCAUAUGCUACUUUCCGUUAUAAAACUGUGCAUGAUUCUUGGCUGUGUUAUAGUAAAGGUAAGUUAUGUAAAACAGCUCUGCCUUUUCACAAAGUUUCAAACCUAUAGCUGGGUGUGAGCCAAGGCUUCAAGGAAAAAUAAGAAUUGCCCAUGAAAGCUUCUGUGCCAGAGCUUGUCUUUAAUUGCACUGAUUUCUGUUUGGAAGCAGUUUAGUGAGAAGCAAUGUAACUGUAAAAUGAGGUUCCUGAGAACAUCAGCUACUCUGGAGUAGUGCACAGGCAACACCCUGAAAAGAGUCCUGGUGCAUUUAUAGCAGUCCAAAAGUAUUAUUAACUGCUUUUAUCUACUCUAUGGAAGGUGAUAAAUACACUCAAAACUUGAAUUGUGCAUGACUUCCUUCUUUUUGACAGCCUGUAAUCCCCUGGCCCUUGUGGAUGCAAUGUCCUGUUUAUAUUUAACUUUGUACUCAUUGUGGUGUCGGGUUCAUUCUACAAUCAUAGCAGUUCCUUCUGUGACUAUACUACAACUUAGAUAGAUAGAAACCUCUGAGGGAUAAAAGUACUUUUUUUAGUCUUACAAUAACUAUUUCAGUACAAAGACUCACCAGGGAAGAAAACUGAUACUAAUGGUGUCACAAAAAUACAGGUUGUAUAAUAGACUCCAAGAAAUUAAUCCUGGGAAUAAUUGACAGCACCUAUGCUUACAGUUGAUGUGUACAUAGCUAAGUGCCCAGACAAAUGAAUUAACAAUCUCUUUGUGCUGAUAGUUUCAGUAGUUACUGAAAUUGUCAGUCAUCAGUGGAACAACAAAGAGAGGGUCUAAUUGAAGUAAACCCUUAAUGUCACAAUGAGAUUGUAGCCAAUUCCCACUGGAAAUAAAUUUGUAUGCUCCUGGGAAUUUUUAUACCUAGAAAACAAUUGGAAAUAUUUAAGACAAUGCUGCUUAAGCUGAACUGUAUCUACUGGCACCAGAUGUUUUACUUCAUCACUCAAAUACCUGAUUAGAAUUCUGCACGGAGAACAAAAUUAAUAUAAGCAGUAGUAAGCUGUGGUUCAAUACAGAAGCUGAUGUGGCAGGAUCUGCUGUAUAAGGAUACAGUUCUAGUGUAGCCAGUUCAUAAUCUUAUGCUUAUCUGAGACUGCAUCUGUACAUCCUUUGCUACACAAAAGACCACACUGGAAAACCAGUGCAUAACAUUAAACUCUUCAGAAGUAUUCACAGUGCACAUUUUACGUGGUGAACUUGUGCAAUAGUGGGCUUUAGCUCUCACUGUCAGCAGCUUUUCCAGGAGAACAAACUAAUGCUGCUGGAAAGAGCCAGUCUUUGAGAAUUGUUUAAGAUAUCAGUGAAGAAGACAUACUUUUCUUUUCUCCUCCUAUCCUGGUCUAAAGUAAUUUUUCCUUUUUGUUGAGGCAGUCAGCAUGUGCAGCUGGGCAUUUGAAAGCAGUUCUGUUUGAAUGUUGCUCUUUUUGGCUUUUCAGUACUCACCACAGGAAAAAAUGCAUCAACUUUGUUCUUCUUGGAAGCCCCUGCACAUUAGUUCAGCCAGCUUAAAAUAUGGACAUUGGUCUAUAGAAGUGGUAACCUCCUUGUGUAUUUUACUACAGUGAUAGGCUAUUUCUUUAAUUAACUGAAACUUAAUGCAGACAUGAUUUGUUCUGGAUAUUAGGCUGGGGGGUUUUUGAACUUCGAUUCUGUGAUAUUGUUCACAUGCACCUCCCCAAAACUCUGCAUGCCUCAUUUUCCAGUCUGAAGCUGAGUCAGGAGGAAAGAAGGCCACGAGAACAGGAGGCAGAGGACACAAAUUGACAAGUGCUUAGUGAUCACAUCUAUCUUCCUCUUCAAGUCAGCUCAGAUCAUAAAAUGGUAGAGACAAACAAUUACUUGCCAAACAACACCAACUUUCCUGACUUGGUACUACAGAAAACUUAUGCUUUACCUUUGUGAAUAUACCUGUGUAGAGUUUGUCUGAGUCAAUUCUGCAACAUAUGUUAUAUGCAAAGAAAUUAAACAGGACUGUCAUAAUUUGAAAACAUUUUUGAUGGAUUAUUUAGUAAUAACUACAUAUUUUGCUACAGGACCUUCCUAUUUUGCAAUAUGCUGCUAUUUUCUUUGGGAGAAAAACAAGCAGAACUUUGUAAGACUAACUGUAAAUUAUUUCAAUUUCAAUACAUGCAUCUGAAGCAUUAGGAAAAAAUUACUGAAAUUUAUAUAUAGUUUUUAAAGAUGAUAACUGCAUCCUCUAACAAAAGGGUUUUGUUCUUCAGAUAGUAGCAAGUGGUGAUGGCCACGGUUUCACCAUAAGCAAAAUGUUCCUUUCUGCUAGGUUUGUGCAAAGCAAGUAACAUGCAAUAGGAUGCUGUGAGUUAACUUGUAGCACAGUGCAGUGACUGUGUAAGUACUGAGAAUAAAAUUGGAGACCUACUCUUGUCUGUUGGCUCUCCCUUCACACAAAAGGACAGAAGGUGCCACCCGCUACUUCCUCAUUUUUUAGUCCCUUUUGAUUCUUUUCUGAAUUGCAGAAGACACUUUCCUUCCCUCUACCACACAUGCUCAGGGAGGAUGGAAGACCACAUUCUAACUAGAGUUCAAAACAGGGUUUUUUAAAAAAAAUAAAAGUUGACUUCUCUGACAGCAAAGUGUUGAUGUCAUCCUCAGUAUCAGAGAUACAACACCAGAAGGAGCUCUCCUUAAGGUUCUCAGAACACUGGAAAGUGUUGGGGUUUUUUUCUUCUUAAAUUGUUCAGGGUCUCUUUGAAGCAAAGUAGCAAUCCUUAAAAAAAUAAAAGGUGUGGCACUGUAUCAUCCUUUGAAAGGAAGGCCUGCAUGAUCGGCACUUCUGCAUUAAGAAAGGUAACUGAAAAGUUCGUUGUUAACUCCUGAAAUGCUGAGUCUCAUCUCUGCUUUUCAAAGCAGCAAAUAAACGCAAGACUUUUGGAGGAGGGAGAACAGAAUCUGAGUCCUUUGCUAGAUAAACUAAUUCAGAGUUCAUUCUAACAAUAAUUUGUCUCUCCUUCUUCCCCACCCCUUCCCCCCCUGGCCCCGUUCUGCAAUGUUUGAAGUAUACUACAUUUGCGCUAGAUUCCCGAAAGCUUUAACUCAACCAGUUUCUGGAGACAUCUUUUACCGUACUACAUUUAGCAGCAGCAUGAAGAUGAUGAUGAGCUCCAAGAAUAACUUAAAAUUUAAGUUAGCCACUGUUCACUAGCACAACUGUUAAUGUCUACGCUAGAGUUUUAAAAUGAGGGCUAGCUAAAAAUGUUUUAAGUGAUCCACCCCAAUCAGCUUUGCAUGAAUUCUGCUCCCUUGGAUACUCUGUCAUGUGCACAGUAGCCAGAGGCGUUACCUUUAUUCUGUCUGCAUGCAGACUUUCCACUUCAUUACCCUCAUGUUUAUAUAGAUUAAAAUAUUAAUCGGGUAAGCAGCAGUUAGUUACAAAUUCUACAGCUAUCUUCAAGGCAGGCUGCAUACCCCUUGUGUUCUCUUUGUUUCUGACAGUUUGGUCUCAGGUCUUGUCAAAAAUAAUAGUUCUAAACGGAUCUUUCCCUCCAUGGACACAUACAGACACACACGCAACUCUCCCGGGACAUCGCAUGGCUGAAGCAGAAUUAGCUUUCACUUCCUGCACACCACAUCCACGUAACCGGUCCCUGUCUGGCCUGCCUUCUGCGGAAAUGGAGCAUGUCCCGAUAUCUCAAUUUGCCUGUUUAGUAGCAGCUGUAGUUUAACCAUUAUCAGCUACUCUAGAUUUAGUCCUGGAAGCACCACUAUGCUCAUUUGCAAUCCAUUAAAACUAUUCCCCCUAACGGCUGAGACAUUGGAGUGAAUGCUAACACUUGGGUUACUGAUACUUUUCAGCGGUGUGUGUGGUGCUAUUCCUGGGAACUCUGUGAAGGGCAGAGGGUGGGUACGUGUGUGUGUGUGCAGGUAUGGGAUCAGCUCAGUGAUGCUACCCAUAUUCCAGCUGCUACCUUAAUAGCAAUACUUCGCCUCUGUUUGAGGCAGCAACUCCUGCUAAAGUAGCAGGAGCAGGGAAAUAUGUGCUAUUUGAAACUUAUUAUCUGAUACCUCUGUUGGCCUGUGUUCUAGCACCCAUGCAGGCCUUCAUUUCUCUGCUCCCCGGCUUCACUGCCGUAAUUUCCAUUGGCUUUCUCCAUCAUCAGCUACACUGCCCCCCUGCCCCCUCAACUGUCAUAUGUUCAAAGACAAGAGUCUAUGUGAAGACAACAUGACAGUAGAGAUGAUCACACCUAGAGGUAUUGAGGCUUGUAUUGCCAGUAGCCGUUUCCAUCUGUAAUGAAAAUGUUAAGUGUUAAAUGACCGCUGCUGUUUAGUACAUUAAAUUCCUUUAGCAGUCUUAAUACACUGUAGCAAAUAACAUUAAGGCUGAGUUGUACUUCCAGUUUAAACCCCUUCUUCAUUGCUCUUAACUUUCUCUGUGGACUUUCUCAAUCCAAGGAACCUUAAGGCUAGUUUGAUACCACAGCUACUAGAGAUACGCAAACAGUGUUUAAUUGUACCUCUACAGGUCCUAAAUACCCAUCCAAACCAAGAAUAAAAAAAAAAUUGUCUUUGUUCUGCCUUUAGUUCGUUCUUUCUUUCUAUUGUUAACCCAAUGUUGUUAGCCUAUAGGUAAAAUACAAAGCUAUUACUCAUUUGCCAAGUAAUGCUAAAUGUUUAUCAAUCAUACUGUUUGUUUUAAAAUUAUUAGCAUGCAAUUAAUACUAUGGGUUUGUUUGGUUUCUUUACAUCAAGCUUCAUGAAGAAUUCUCAACUGUUAUAACUACUGAGACAGGCAGAUUUGAUUGACAUAGAAACCAUGGGUCAUGUAGGCCCAGAUCAACCUUCCUGUGUAAAUCAGAACCAGUUCCUUGCCUUUUCUGUUCUCAGUCUGGAUAAUAAAGGCAAAGCCAAUUAUUCUGCCUCAGCUGCACGCAUAUGCAAAUUGUCCACCGGCUCGGCAGCUGCAGUGGUGCCCUGCACUGUUAUCCCAAGCCCUGAAAGAUCUCAGGAUUCACAGAACCUAUCAUCCAUGAAUCCCUUAAAGCAAUCAAGUUGUACAUUGUACCUGCUCCUUCUAACCACAUUUGUUGUGUGAAACAAUAAAAUUGUUUAUAAAGAGAUAUAAUGUAUUACACAA